CACCGGGCCGGGCUGCGCCACUCUGCCUCGCCUGCUCGCAUGCAUGCUCCGCAGAGCCGCGCCGCCAUCGCUCGCCUUCUCGAGACGGCGGCUGCCGCCCACCCAAGCACGCGGGCUCCAGCCAUGGCCGCCUUCCCGCGCCACAUCGGCCGCACCCGACCGAGGCGCCGGCGCGCGCGCCACAGAGCAGAACCAGGUCACGCUGCUCGCCCACAGCGCAGCAGCCGCCGCCCGCAGGCUGUUCGACGGAACGCCCGGCCAGUCCGCGGUCUCAUGGAACGCCGUUAUUGCGGGCCACGCCAGGCGCGGGAGCGUCCUCGACGCUCUGGACGCUGCCGCUCGGAUGCACUGCGCCGGGUUGUCGCUCACGGAAGCCACGUUCGCGUCGGUGCUGGGCGCCUGCGCCCGCGGGCGGCGGCUCAGCGCGGGGGCACAGGUUCACGGUCAGGUGAUCAAGUCCGGGUUCCAGAAUUUCCCCAUCGUAGGGGCGUCCCUCCUUGACUUCUACUCCUCGUGCUCCGACCUGCGCGCGACUCGCGCACUCUUUGAGUCCCUGCACCAGAAGAACGAGCUGCUGUGGAGCCCGAUGGUAGUUGCGUUCGUGAGGUUUGGCCUGCUGGGCGAGGCCCUGGACUUGCUGGAGCGUAUGCCAGCGCCUCGUGAUGUGUUCGCGUGGACAGCUGUCAUUUCAGGCUUCGCAAAGGGCACAACCAAGUGUUGCAUCAGGGCACUGGAUCUGUUUGUGAGGUUUCUGGCUGAUGAUGGUGUCAUUCCAAAUGAGUACACUUAUGACAGUGCUCUGAGGGCAUGUGUGAAGCUGCAAGAAUUGGAUUUUGGGCGAUCAGUUCAUGGAUGUCUGAUUCGAAGUGGGUUUCAGUCUGAGCAGUUAAUCACCAGUGCUCUUGUCGAUCUUUACUGCAGUUCUGAUGCUUUGGAUGAUGCACUGCUGGUUUACAAUGAUUUGGAAAUGCCUUCCUUGAUUACAUCCAAUACACUGAUUGCAGGGCUUAUAUCGAUGGGAAGGACAGAGGAUGCUAAGAUGGUUUUCUCACAGAUGCCAGAGCAUGACUCGGGUUCCUACAAUCUGAUGAUCAAGGUAUAUGCUAUUGAUGGAAGGCUUGAAGACUGCAGGAGGUUGUUUGAGAAGAUGCCUCGGAGAAACAUGGUGUCCUUGAACUCCAUGAUGUCAGUGUUGCUCCAGAAUGGGAGGCUGGAGGAGGGGUUAAAGUUAUUUGAACAGAUAAAGGAUGAGAGAGACACAAUAACAUGGAAUUCUAUGAUUUCGGGUUACAUUCAGAAUGAUCAACCUUCAGAAGCGUUGAAGCUAUUUGUGGUCAUGUGCCGGUUGUCUAUUGGAAGGAGCCCUUCUACAUUCUCUGCUCUGUUGCAUGCAUGUGCAGCAAUUGGAAUGCUUGAGCAAGGCAAAAUGGUACAUGCUUACCUCUGCAAGACUUCGUUCGAUUCCAAUGGUCAUGUUGGGACAGCUCUUACAGAUAUGUACUUUAAAUGUGGUUGUGUGAGUGAUGCACAGUCUGCAUUUGGUUACAUCACAUCAGCCAAUGUUGCUUCAUGGACAUCUCUUAUCAAUGGUCUUGCACAAAAUGGUCACUGGUUGGAGGCUCUUGUACAAUUUGGGAGGAUGCUAAGGCAUCAUGUCAAUCCCAAUGAAAUCACUUUUCUAGGGCUCCUUAUUGCUAGUGCUCGUGCUGGUUUGGUUAACAAGGGGAUGAAAAUCUUUCACUCCAUGGAAAACUAUGGACUAGUUCCAACCAUGGAGCAUUAUACUUGUGCUGUCGAUCUUCUUGGUCGAACUGGACGUACUAGAGAAGCAGAGAAGUUCAUCUGUGAGAUUCCUGUGGCAGCAGAUGGUGUAGUCUGGGGAGCCCUACUUACUGCUUGCUGGUAUUCGAUGGACCUGGAGAUGGGUGAGAAAGUUGCUCGGAGGUUGUUUUGCAUGGGCACAAAACAUAGGUCUGCUUAUGUCACGAUGUCCAAUAUAUAUGCUAAAUUGGAGAAAUGGGAAGAUGUUGUGAAGGUUGUUUUUGUGCCUUUGUGAUCACUAAUUGUUAUGGAUAGAUAAGCAUCUCUGUGCGAGAGGCUGAAAGUCAGGAAUUACCUUGAAUGCAUGCAGUUGAUCACACAGUCUGCUGUUGAUAUUCCUGAUUCAGGAAACUCUUAUGAAGCUGAAGGACCACAAAGGGUUGUUUUGAUACUACUUGAACAUCAAAGAAAGGGUAUAUCUAACUUCGUAAAACUUUGGGUAAUUUUUUUGCUCUUCUAGAAGUUUAAUCUAGAUUACCUGUUGCGUGAUGCUGGUUCAACACACUAGCUCAUAUAUUUUGUGUGUAUAUUAUUUUUCCUUGAACAGUUCGUUGGAGGAAAGUAUGUGUGUUUGUGUUUUCCAUGGCUUUGCAUUAGGUGAAUGCUUCUCCAAAAUAGUCACAAGAUUGUUAAACCAUUUUUUUCUCCUUGCCUAUAAACAGCACUGCAACUUCUGAAGUAAAAAUGAACAAGUUUGUUUCCAUUAUAAUCUCAGCUAUGUCAUGACUUCUACCGUUUUCCUUUUUUAUCAUCCAUUGCAUGGUGGUUAGGCUGUUUUUUUGUUUUUGUUUUUUUUGCGAGGAGGUUAGGCCGUAUUCAGUUGCAUAUUUGCAUGCUAGGUGCAUUCCGCAUUUGAUUGCCAAGGAGGAGCAACUUGAGUAAUAAUUGUAUGGUCAGAUCCCAGUUCACUGCGAAGAGUUCAUUUUGAGUGUUUGCCGAAUGGCUGCAAUGGACGGUGUAAAGAUCUUUGGGGUACCUAUAAUUGUUAGCAAGUGCGGUUAUCAAUCAAAAAAAUAAGCGAUGGUAUGGCGUGUAGCAAAGCUCUGCUGUUCCGGAAGUUCUCUGAACAUGAGCAAGUCACCUAUCAGCACUCAGCAUGUGUUUAAGAAGCCUUUCAGGAUUACAGCCUCAGAUAAAUUUGUUUUUAUUGGAUAUCUUCUCUUCAGCCUGUGAAAUUUGGGAACACUGUGGCACCUGUACAACCACUUGAGAUGCAAGUCAAUUCUACAACUGAACCUAAUCCUCGACAAUUACUGCUGAUGCGUUGUCAUAUGGCUUUAAUUUAAGUUUUGUUAUGAUGCUGAAUAUGGUACGGAAUUUUGCUGUGAUGAUAUGUACAGUAUGCGUGGUCCUCUUUAUUUCGAUCUGCAGGGUAUGAACGAAU